AAUAUGUGAUACCCGGGUGGCUUACGAUCAAAGCGCGCUGCUGCAGUGAAUGGUGGGUGGUUGACCGCCCUGGCAGCUUACCCUACGCCAAAGUUCCGGUGCAACUCUAGUCAAAGGAUAUUUUGUGCCAUGAAACUACCGUGGGUGGUCAGAGGCCACACACCACGCACCGGAUUCAUAACCUACAUACGGUUAGCACCUUGGCUGUUGCUGCUGCUGCUGCUGCUGUUACCGAGAGCGCACUGUGCACGGCAAUCUGUGCAAUCGACAAACGUCGCAAGUCACGGGGAUGUAUGCGAUUGGCGCGAGCUGUUCUUGCUCGCGUUCCAAUGUGAGCAGCGUCCAGUCGGGCCGGUUCUCUACCUGCUGUACGAUGUGAACCCGAGCGAAGGGUUCAACCUGCGCCGGGACGUGUACAUCCGGAUGGCGGUGCUGGUGAAGUACCUGCGGACACAGCCGGGCUACCGACGCACGCGGCUCGUGCUGCCACCGUGGUCCAACCUGGUACACUGGCGCAGCCAUACCAUCGACCAGAGCCAGCUGAUGUGGAGCCAGUUCUUCGAUCUGCCGAGCCUGAAGCUCUACACCGACGUGCUGGAUAUGGAUGAGUUUUUCAAGGCGUACAGGCGAGGGUACGGCCACGGGAACUCGGCGCUCGAUGUGGUCGAGGUAGACGAGGUGUACAAGCUGCGACACUUUGAUAAUAUGUUCGAGCAGGACGGUGCGUUCGUGGACAAGUUCGAGGAGCACGUGUGCCCAAAGAGCGAGGCAGCGGCGUGGCCGUACUUUUUCGGGUACGGCAACUUUACCGCGCGUGACGUCACCUGCCUGCACUUUCAGGGUAGCGCGCUGCUGCUUCAUCGGCUGCUGCGAGCGAAACGGCAACGGUCACCCGCGGGGGAACGGCGUGCCGCCCGCACCGUGCUCGUGCUGAAUGCGGAAAUUGUGCUGCACGACCUGUGGGGCAACGGUGACUACUGGGAGGCGCGCCGAUCAAUGCGCUUCGCCCGUCACCUGAUUGAGGUAGCGGAUCGUUUCCGAUUAUCCCAGCUUAACUCAACCGACGAGCAUGAGGGCACGGUGCGGCCAGCUCGCUGGACUGACGAGCACGGCGACGCUAACCGCGACGUUCGGGAGCGGCGAGUGGCGCAGGGUGGCCAGUAUCUGUGCGCCCAUCUGCGUCGAGCCGAUUUCCUGUACGGGCGCGACCGCACCACCCCCACCGUACAGUCGGCCGCCCUGCAGAUACGCGCUAAGCUGAUCGAGCUCGGCCUGCGCACCGUGUUCGUCGCGUCGGAUUGCUCACGGACCGAGUUCUACAAUCUGCGGAACUACCUGAAGCGGUUUCGGGUGGUACGCUUCGAGCCGGAAAGCUAUGAGCAGCGCACGGUGCUGAAGGACGGUGGCAUCGCGAUAAUCGAUCAGAUCGUCUGCUCGCACGCGUACUACUUCGUCGGCACGUACGAGUCCACCUUCACCUAUCGCAUCUACGAGGAGCGAGAAAUCCUCGGGUUUCCCACCGAGCGCACCUUCAACACGCUGUGCAAGAGCGAAAAGGACGUGGAGGAGGGCUGCGAGCAGAACGCAGUUUGGCCGAUCGUCUACUGACUGAAACAUAGGACGCUUCCGGUUCUUUUGGAUGACCGGGCAAGGAUCGGAAAAGCCAGCAACACAGCAAUACGUAGCCAAAGGUGAUCAAAACCUGCCCUGCCAAGAGCAGGGGAUUUCGGGAUUUUUUGCUCGUAAGGGUUUCUUGUUAACAGUGUAUGUUUUUAUUUUAUCUAAUCUUCUUAUUUUGUUGUUUGGUUUGGUUUCGCGCUCGGGAUUUCGAUUUCGAUUUCCCACGGAUAGGCGACCACUCGUUCCCCACCUCGCCCACUACCACGCUACCACGUUUGCAUUACUCUCUCCCCCACUCUCUUUCUCUGUCUAAAAAGAUCUGCAAUGUUUGGGGAGGUGGGGAGGUGGGGAGGGGGGCUUUCUUCUUUUAAGAAUAGUUUUAACACUGACACCACCAAUAAACGAUUCGUGAAUUACAUACAGAGCUUGUACAGUGUAUUGUGUCGUCUCGCAAUCCGCCCACGCAUUAUUCUCAUAUUCCUCUUCUUGCUGCCCCCGUCUUUUUGCUGUAGUAGUUCGUAGGUGUUACAUAUACAUAUAAGAAUAUAUUUUUAUAGAUAUAUCUACAUGUGUAUAUACAUAUACGUACUUACAUACGAAUGCAUACACAUAUAUAUAUACACAUAUGCAUAUCUAUGUGUAUAAGAGUGGACUUAAGUAUCGAAUAAUCGGUCCACCGGUUGCCGUAGGUUGCUUUCGUUUUAUUGCUAUUAGUUCCGAAACAACAACACAAAUUUCAACACUUACAUAGAGACUUAAAAGGUGCGCUAUGCUAUUAUUAUGUAUAUAUGUAUACAUGUAUACACAUAUGCACAUAUGUAGAUACAUAAGCAUGUAUGUGUAGGCAUACAUAUGUACAUACAUAUGUAAAUAUGUUUACAAAUGUAUACCGCUCGUUUCCUUGCAAUCGUUUCAAAAGGCGAAAGUUUGAAAGUUGAUUAACAGAGAGAGAACCCAUGAUAGCCAAUUCGCGUUUCCCGUGUUCCUUCUGCCACCGCGAUCAUCUACACCCCUCUUCCUCCGCCGUUUAUGCUCUACAUCAGCCCUUUCGGCAGCCUAGCUGGAACCUAUAGGUCAGUGGCGGAUUGAACUAGAGCGUUAUCGCUGGGAUUGUAAGCAAUUCCCGGGCAUUCCUCUGGCAUUCUCUCUUUCCAUGCCAUCCACCACUUCCACGCCACUAUUUGGUCAGAUCGGAGAAGCUCGAGACGAAACUAGGCAGUAACUCCACUUGCUCCACGCUCUAUGCCUAUACGCCACUAGGGCCGGACAGCGAUUAGUGUGCCUCCUUUCCACUUGCUUCUCCUUCCUCUCCUCAUUGUCCUGUUUGUGGCACCUCCACGUACUAACACUCACACACAUACGGGUUCAAUUAUCGUAUCACAGAAGGCAUUUUUUCGUUUUUGUUUCGUUUUGUUCUUUUUACUUGUGGGUAUUACUUUUGUAUGAUUUUCACAUCAUGUUGGUCCUGGUUUGAUCUUUCCCUCCUGCUCUUUCUCUCUCUCUCUCUCUCUCUCUCUCUCUCUCUUUCUUUGCUUCGUCGUUCUCAGAAUGUCCUAACAUUAUCCUCUUAACCCGAGUAGCCCCGUGUGUGUGUUUUUGGUUUCUUUUUUGUUUAAAUACACUGUUCACAAGUAUUGCCUAAAAUAUAGCGCUAGUAGCAAUGGUACUGGUAAUGGUAGCAGUGUUAGUGAUAGUUGUAGUAGUAGUAGUAGCAUAGUAUAGUAGUAAUAGUAGUAGCAGCAGUAGCAGUAGUGUACCAUGCUGGGUAGUUUGUAAAAACUCAAUAUCGAAGAGAAACCAGCGGUGGAUAGUAUUGAAAAAGGUGGUUUCACCUGGACGCAAGAAUGAAUGUAUGAGUAUUUGAUUUGCUUUGGUUUUCGUUUAAAAAAGCACCUUGCAACUCUACCCGCCCCUCCCUGGGGUUUCCGUCUCCCCCCCACUGGCGUAGGGGCGCGUGCCAUUGAUUGAUUCACGAUAGUUCGCUUCGCAUCCUUCCUGUUCUCUCUUCUAUGAUUUGGUGGAUUAGCUCAUUGUCUUCGCCGUUCGCCAGUUCGCUUGUAAUGUAAGUGCGUAAAGAUGAAGCAACACUGAAGUAAAUGGGCAUGUGCGUGAAUGCUCUCUUCUUCUUUCUCCGUUUUUCCCGUUUAUGUUUAUCUUUGUUUUUCUUCUACAACUUCUUCCAUCCUGUUUCGCUAAGCUUCCGCUCACCUACAGUAUUCUCUUUCUAAUUUCUUUUUAUCGCCUACUCUCAUCCACUAAUAUCACCACAACCGUGGGAUCGCCCACGUGGUGUACCCUGAUUGGCCACCAGAUUAUCUGCCCUUCGUUCUACCGUCAAAAAUUCUGAAUUGCCUUAUACACACAUACACACAAACACAUACACACAGACACUCACACGCAGUAGUAAAACUUCCGGAAUUGCGGUGGAAAAGUGACAGAAAGUGAAAGUUCACUUAAACCGCCAACACCCUGACGCUUUUACCUCAUCGAGUCACUUUUUUGUGUUUUCUUUUCUUUUUUUUAAUGCAAUAUUGCUGCUGCUGCUGCUGCUGCUGCUAAGUUUUGUGUUUUUGCGUGCGUGAAUUUUGUUUUCUCCAUUCCUAUUGUUGCAUCUAAUGCUGGCUGUGUCAUAUAAUAAUGUAUAUGUGUAAACGCGAGAGUCGUCGUGUUGUCCACCGUGUGUUGCUUGUAACGAUCCAUUGCGUUUGUUUUGUUUUGCUUUGUUUGUUUUACUUAUGUUAGAAAAUCAGUCUAUGCUCGAGUGUUGUUUUGUUAAUUUAGUUCUUUUUUUUGUUUGUUUUUUUUUUCUUUUUGUAUGAUGCAUUUCAUGUGUGAGUGUGGGUAAGAAUGUGCGCGCGUGUGUGAGUGUAUGUGUGUGUAUGAGUGGAUGUAUUGCCGCUCUCUUCUACUCUUCAUUUUUCUACUCUGUUUCCUCGAUGUUACGGAAUGCGGAUUGUGGCGGUCGAGUGUCGAGGACCGCUGUCAGUUGGCGAGUAGCCAGUGGCCGGGACCAAGGAACGCCAUCUCCCCGCUCCGCCCCGUAGUUCGCUUACGUUGAUCUAAGAUAAAGGUGGUCAUAUGAAUCGCUAUCAAUAGAAAAAGUGAUGUGCCUGCGUGCGCGUGAACUAGAUAAUUCAUUUUAGUGUACAAUCGUUCUUCGUUUAUGCUUUUUCCUUUUUUUUUUGUUGUGUUGUGUGUGUCUGUUUUUUUUUCUGUUCUUGCUCCUCUUCCUCUAUUCCUAUUCUAUUCAAUAUACCACUAUUGCAGAAGGCGAAAUAACAAACGCAACUCUCCCUUCAAUAUUAAUGGGCCCCCCCCUCCGGGGGGCCCAGUACAACGCAGUUAGAGGCUGGAUGUAACGCCCGCUCUAGAGAAGUAACGAAGUAACGUCCGUUCUUGCGAAGAAACUGAACACAUAUAAACGUUUGUCAUUUGACUCUUAUACCCUUACACUCUACGCUCUCUACGUCGCAUUUACACUCUCUUGAAUGUUUCCUUUUUCUUUAGAUAUUUGUUUGUUUGCUUUGGUUUUUGUUAGUGAAGUGAACGGUCGUCGAAGGUAGGUAGGCGGUAGGUGUGUAUAUGUUUCGGAAAAUGGCAUGCCCCUUCCACCCACAAUGGCCGCUGAAUGAUGCUCGACACAUGUUUCAGCCAUGUUUUGCUCGGUAUAUGUAGUAUCCUAUCCCUCUGUGGAUAGCGUGUCUCGAUUCGAUUGGUGUGGACGUGGCGGAUGAGCAGUUGUUUUUGGGGAUAAUCGCAACUGCCUCUUACUCUAGUUCAGCUUCACCGUGGGUGUGUUUGUUGUGUGUGGCAUUUGGUGAUCAUCCCCGAAGUGGGCCCCGUAUCGCCCAAUCUCACGGUUGGUUGUUGCUCGAGACUGGUGGUACAAGAUGAAGGCUGUCGGAGUGUCCGCUCUCCAGUGUCUCGUAUGGAUAAGUAGAUCUCCUCCUAUUCGAGUUGACUGCUCGCAAGAAGCAGCAUUAGGGGGCUUCGGUAUUUAAUUUUUUUGCGUGACACAUAUUUUUAACAUUUUUCCCUGAAUGCUAAUCCUUUCAAGAGUAUUGUGAAAAUGUUUUGGAUCAACCUAAGUAAAACUGACCAAGUUAUAGAUUUUUUUCAAAUCCGCGUUUCAUAGAAGGCUCCUUGCAGCUCGCUACUUUGAAGAACGUUUCUCAAAAUCAACGCGUUUUCAAAGUCGGUGCCCAUCGUACCGUAAAAACUACUGGACCGAUCGAUUUGAAAUUUUUAACACAUAAUCUGUACCCAUAUUUUCAGGUAGCCCCCUCGAGAUUUCAUGAAAAUUGUUGAUACUUUUCUUUUUAAUAAUUAUGUAAAGCUCAUUUUUUAUGGCAGAAUCGCAAAAAGUGUCUCUUUUUCAACUUCAAAAAUCUGCCAAAAAUCGAAAAAUAGGAAAUUCGACAAAAACUCUCCGGGGCUACCUAGAUAAACUUAUAAUCUUUCUAACGGAUAUCGAAUUGUACAUUUCCGAUGACCCGUCAUGUCGCUACGAUGGGCACCGUAAAAGGUACCUUUGCGACGACACGCCUUCCAAAAUUUGAUGCCACGGAUUAAUUUUUCAGUGAAUGUUGCUCAAAACAAUACCAAAUAUUCUUCAAAAGUUGUAGAAUAAUAUGCCAUUUACUUGAAAAAAUUAAGUAGAAUAGUUGCGUCACAAAAAAUCGUCAAAAAGGGGCCUU